CUGACUAUUGCCAAUUUGCGUUAUUUCGUUCUAAAACAAUGUCAAGGCUCAUGUAGUUUUUAAGAUACGUUAUGUAAUACAGUGGACGCAGGAAAGAAGGGCAUACUAUUCUUGAUACAUUGUUUUUUAUUCUCCGAAAGUGUGGAUUUUUAGCUCUGCUUAUAGAACGGUCCAAGUGUGUUCGUUUAUCGUGGAAAAUGUCUGCACCACACGUACGGUUUCAACUGGGAUACGCGAAUGAAGCCCUAAGUUAUCAAAGUCCGUGGAGUCACUAUUCAGGACGAGUCAAUAUAUAGGACGAUGGAUAAAAACAAUCAUCGUUUCGUCUGCCGGAUAACCGAACUACUCGGUAGUGAAGCGGACGUAAAACCUAUCAAUCAAUCAACAAUCAUCGUUAAUUUUUUCUGUCAUUGCUGGUAAUCAAAGACUUAUAUGAAUUCGACGCGAUAACGAAAACGAGUUUUUGUAUCUUGUAUAAGGACGACAACAGUCUAUAUAUACCUAGUACGAUGGCCGUCGAAUCGGGAGAGAAUCUGGCUAAUGAGCUUAUACGUUCGUUUCUGACUCUGGAGAAGAUAGAUAUUAACAUAUUCCGAGCUUCCCCGGUGAACCUGUGGAAACCAAUAGCUGGUCGAUUUGUGUACGGAGGACAGGUGGUUGGUCAAGCUUUGGUUGCAGCAUCCAAAACUGUGGAUGAAGACUACCAUGCCCACAGCUUACAUUGCUACUUUCUCAAAGGAGGUAACCCCAAUCGUCCGAUUUUGUAUCAUGUGGACCGCACCCGAGAUGGUAAGACAUAUUCUGCACGUAAUAUCAAGGCCACACAGGACGGUAUUCCAAUCUUCACAAUGCAGGCCUCUUACAAGACUGAGGAAGUGGACCAGCUCCAGCACCAAUUUACCAUGCCAUCUGUUCCUGGCCCUGAUGAACUCAAGGAUUCCGAAGACUUCUUAAGAACACAGCUCAAUGAGGACUUGUCUGACAAUCGUAGAACUCUGAUCCUCAAAAUUCUGGAGGAGAAGAUCCAUGUGGAGAAACGUCCUGUUAACCCAGAGGUAUACCAUCAUACGGAACAGGGGGAGCCAAAGCGCUUUGUCUGGGUCAGAGCUAUAGGUGAAAUAGGAAGUGAUCUGAAGCUACAUCAGUGUGUUGCUGGAUUUAUCUCCGACAUAGCCCUCCUUGGAGCUGCAGUACAGCCCGCCCCUCGCAACUACUCACCAAGCUUUAUGGCUUCCCUUGACCACAGUAUGUGGUUCCACAACCCCUUUAAGGCCAAUGAAUGGAUGUUGUACGAGAUUGAGAGUCCCCAGUGUGGGGCAGGCAAGGCUCUGUCCCUUGGGCGAUUGUGGAAACAGGAUGGCACCCUAGCAGUGUCGGUUGCACAGGAGGGUGUGGUGCGCACCACACAGACCGAGUCUAAACUGUAAUAUUGCCAUUGUUCUAUGGAGUUUGCUGUGUAUAAACAGAAGUACAAGAUGGCCUUCAGUCAUUGUUGUGGGGUUCACCUUUGAAGAAAGUCAAAUUAAGGCAGUGUCUGCAACUGUAAGGAAGGUCUAGUCCAAGCUACAUGCAAGACAUUUUGACUUUGCAAGGCAGAUAGCGUCUAAUCAACUUUAUCCUGCAAGAAGUCCAGAGGGCCUACACGUAAUCUGACUCGAAUUUGUGAGGUGGGCUUAUUAAAGGGCAAUGAAAUGGUAUUUGUUGGCAUUUUUAUUGAAUAACAUUAUAUAAUGGUGGGCGUACUUCAAGGUUUCAGUUAAUUGCCAGUUAAGUACCGUCAGACACUGUUUUACCUCGCAAGACAGAGUUUGAGUCAAGACAUGAUGGUUUUGUGUGAGAAGUAGAACCCAUGAAUAUAUAGUCUGCAAAGAUGUCCAAGUGAAGAAACUGUCUGAUGCAGUAUUUUAUCAGUGUCAUUGAUGUACAUGUAUGUCAUACAAUGUAAUCAGAUAAGAAAUGCUUUAGCAUUGAGGCAAACCCUGUUAUAAAUCUCACUAUGGUGUAACAUAACUGACUUCUUGAUAUCAGGGAUUAAUAGAAUCUUGAACCUCCUUCAGGUGAGUUAAGGGAAUCUCAACCCUCUGGAAAAGAUUCUUAAGUUGCUGAACACGUGGCUGUUGAGUGUUCAGCAACUUAAGAAUCUUUCCCAGAGGGUUGAGAUUCUCCAUCCCACCUCAAGGGGGUGAACGAUUCUUUUUCUCUUACCCUGUUGACCGUCUUAUACACAAUUCAGUGGUGACUUUACAUCCUCAAUGCAUUGUUGAUGUAAUGUCAUUGUAUUGUUGAUGUGACAUCAUGCAAUUGUUUUGACAGGGGAAUUUCCCCCGUCGCAACCCUAGGGUGAGACAAGGAUAUCUUACACUGGGUAAAGGGUGGACUCAUCUGUCCAGGGUAAGAGAAAAAGUGGGGACUAUAUAAAAUAAAUGUAAAACAGUAUGUAUUGUUUGUGUCAUAUACCUUGAUCAUGUUAGUUCAUAACCCGAGGGCUUUAUUGUGUCCUAUUACAUGUAUAAUACAUGUAAUAGGACACAAUAAAGCCCUCGGGACUAUAUGACUUUAAUACAAGUGCUAUUUUAUUGGCUGCGAGAACCAUUGCUUCUAGGUACAAUCGUUUUGAUUUUAUUGUGAUUUUUUUUAUAUCUUUAAUAAUCUGUAAUUUUACAUUAUUGGACCAUAGAUCUAUGGUCCUAUAAUACAACAAGAGGCCCAUGGUCACCUGAGCUAUGUAAAAACUGAUGUUAUCGAUGUUGCCAAAUGAAAAAGAAAUCAUUUUGUAACAAAGGUAACUACAACUACAUGUUAUAAUACAAAAAUUCAAAUUACAAUUAAUAACGAUCGGACCAAGAAGGUACGGUUCUCGCAGCUACUAUUUUAUGAGCCGUUAUGCAAAGCAGGUGCUAGUGUUUUUGUUGACAAAACAGCAUGCUACUUUCUAGUCAUUCCACUCUAUUAAAAAGAGAGAGAGCGAGAGAGAGAAAGAGAGAGAGAGAGACAUAGAGACAUGCUUUGUUAAAAUAUGUUUCACGUCAUGAAAUAUAGAAAUUCAAUCCUAUUUAAUGUAAUAAAAUUUCUGAACCAAAUAUUGGUCGUGCAAUUUAAUUUAACUAUAUUAAAAUCAUUUAAAGCAAAUGUG